UUGCGUAUCAUACUUUUCUCUUUUACAUUCAUUGCUAUUUUUAGACCUUACGCUUAUCAGCAGCAUGUCAAAUGCAUAAGAGAAAAUCAGAAGUACGGAUCAAAGAAUUACAUUGAAAAGGAAGCAAAGGGAGAAGUAAAACAAAAUGCUUGGUGUGAACAAGUGGAACGAGCGAUUGAGUUUGUCAAAGAGCCAAAGUUGAAGUCGCUGUUAAAGAACAUACAGGGUUACAGCAAUAUCCCGCGCAAGGUGCGUUUCCAUGGCACUUUGUUAUUCAGUCUUAUCUCUGUCUGUGUUUUUCACGACAAGGCAGUAUUUGAGCAAGUCGGGAUGACUAAGCCUGUGUAGAU